AUGGGAGCAAUAACUAAUUACGCCCACUACCGACUUUUUGGCUACAUCACAGCACUUGCUUUACACGGAGGCAAUGUAAUAACGAUGUUUUUCGCGUUGAAAGGCGAUAUCAUGAAGGAUCCUGAGAUAGAAACAUUCUACUCUUUACAGUGGGUGUACAUUACCAUUUGGAACGUGGUUUUUCAGAUAUUAUACAGCUUUCUAGGAAUGUUAUGUGACUUGCCAACAUCACUCGAGGUUAAGGAACCGAUUCUCACAAAAAGUCUAAAAUCUUAUCGUGAAUGGAUGUUCACUAGUAUUAUUUUACCACUCUGUUUUGGGAUAUUUAUCAUAUUCUGGCCAGUUUAUAUAUAUGACAGAGGAAUGGUAUUUCCGGCAUUUAUUGACAAAGUCCUAAGGCAAGAAUCCAACCAUAUAAUGCAUACGGCAAUAGUCCCUAUAGUUCUCUGGGAGUUCGUAUUCCUACCCAAAACUGAACCUAAAUCGCACAAGUGGAAUUUAACUGGCACUUACGGAUGCUACAUAACAUAUUUAUAUGUGUAA